GUCAARRUAGUUAAUAUUCUACGUUUUUGGAAACAGAUUUGCAGCGGUAAUCAAUGCAAGUCCUUUGCUGAGCUGAACAUCAAGAAAUGUCCAGUGGUUAAUGGAAAAGUGUGCAACGGACAGGGAGUCUGUACAAGAUCUGGAGCAUGUCAUUGCCAUGGACUCUUUGAUCCUAAAACAGGCUGCAAAAACGCUUUUGCGCCUCAAAAUGGUGGCUUCAGUAGUUGGUCUGAUUGGUCCAAGUGUACUGGUGUUUGCAAUGGCGGGAAACAAACUCGACAUCGAUUCUGUAACAACCCGUUCCCAAUGUAUGGCGGGAAAGACUGCCAAGGAAAACUGCAUGAAGAACGGGAUUGUAACACAAAAGCUUGUCCAAAGGCCAAUUCUUGUCGACAUCUCCAGUUCAUUUCCACCUCAAACAACCAAAUCUUCCACGACGGAGUGUACGAUAUCUAUCCCAGAGGCCCCUCCAAUUCUCCAAUCAAAACGUAUUGUGACAUGUCACGUGAUGGAGGUGGAUGGACGCUAUUGGUUUCUAGUGCAACAAAUACAUGGACUGCGGAUGACGUAAUGUCGAGGAAUGCUGGCAAGCCCAGCUUAACCGAUGACUACUCCAUACUGAAAUAUGCUGAUGUUAUCAAAGAUAAUCAGAAAGUCCAAGGAUCAACAUUUGAGUAUCGUCUGGAAGCUGACAGACCAGGUCGAUGGGGCGGCAUAUGGGAAGCUGAUCGUUCGUACACAUUCACAGCCAAAAAUAACAAACAAACCAGCGUGCGACUCCUAAAGAAGUUUGAUAACUGGACGUACAGUAGUAACGGUAAAGGAAUUGGUAAAAGGAUGCCUUGGAUUUCAGGAGCUUUGCUUACAACAUCUGCAAAUACAAAGAAUUCGAAAAGAGCUUUUGGUUCUGUCACAGCUAAGUUUAGUAAUUACUACCCUGCACCAUGGAUCGAUGCUCAAGGCCAAAUGAAAAAGCCCCAAUAUAUCUGGUACUGGAUGCGUGAGGGUCCCGCCAAGCUUGAAGAGUAUUUUGGACCUUAUCAAACUCAUUAAUAAUUCAUAAUGUUAUUAGCCAAUGAUAUACUGAGAAUCUAAUCACGUGAUUAUACCUUUAUAUUGGCUGAAAGGGGCAGCAAGCUCAAAGUUGGGGGCGGAUUUGAAUAUUUUCAGGGGAAGCGAUACAGAACUAAUGUUUUAUUAAUUAGGUCUGUAUCAGGAAAACGUUGAAU